UUUUCUCGAGGUCCCACUUCCUGCUUUCCGCAGCCAAUCACCUGCGGGCCCCGCUCUUUCCGGAUUGGCCCCGCUUCUCUCUCUCUUAGGCCACCCUCAGUCUGGCGGGAGGAGCGUGUCUCCGCGCGCUCAGGCCGCGUAGUCAUCGUCAGCAUCAUCCUCCACCGCGGCGGCUCUGAGGGAAAAGGAAGGGGAAUAAGCGCGGCACUGAUUGGCUCCUCGCGCUCUGCCCAAUUGGACGCCGCUUUGGUUAGUUGGCGGCGGCGGCUGAGGCAGGACCAGCCGCCGAAGGACCAGCCACUGUAGCAGCAAUCUAAGCCGGGCAGUGAGGGGGCUGCGUGUUUCCGGAAGACGUGGCGGCUGCUACUGCUACUCCUUGCUAGUCACUUCUUUCUUCUCGCGUCUCUGAAGCCUUGGCCGCGCCCGGCGCGUUUGCCGUCGCCAUGAUUUCCCUCACGGACACUCAGAAAAUUGGAAUGGGACUUACUGGUUUUGGAGUAUUUUUCCUUUUCUUUGGAAUGAUCCUAUUUUUUGACAAAGCACUUUUGGCUAUUGGAAAUGUUUUAUUUGUGGCUGGCCUGGCUUUUGUGAUUGGCUUAGAAAGAACAUUCAGAUUCUUCUUCCAGAAACACAAAGUGAAAGCUACUGGCUUCUUUCUGGGUGGUGUGUUUAUAGUUCUUAUUGGCUGGCCCUUGAUAGGAAUGGUCCUUGAAAUUUAUGGCUUUUUCCUCUUAUUCAGGGGCUUUUUCCCUGUGGUGGUUGGUUUUAUUAGAAGAGUGCCAGUCCUUGGAUAUCUCUUGAAUUUACCUGGUAUAAGCUCACUUGUAGAUAAAGUUGGAGAAAGCAACAGCAUGGUAUAAUGGCAAGUGUGCUGAAGACUGGUUCUGAACUUACAUUAUUUAUAAGGUCCUCCUGAAGAAAAGAUGCAGCACAAACAUUCCCUUGUGUACAAAGGCAAAAUUUGUAAUGAUCUUGACGUAAAUGUUUAAUUUACACCAUAGUCUACAAAAUACAUCUUUAGCAAAGGAAGAUGGAGCAAAUGUGCGCCCAAGACUUUCAGCACAAGGAAUUCUGUGAAUUGAACUGAAGAAAAAGUCAUGGGAAAACCCAUGGUAUUAUUCAAGACUACUCAAUGCUUUUGGAGUAUGAGCAAAAUGCAGCAACUCCCCGCCCCCAUGGAACUAACAGUGCCUGUUAUUUUUUACCUCCUACUUUUGAAGGUGUAGCAGAGCACAUGAGGUCAAUCUGUAAGGCAUGACCCAUCUCUCUUCCCUCCUGCCAAACUUCCUACUUCUUCCCUUCUGUUGGAAGAAAGUCAAUCAUCCCUCCUACAUAUUUUUUUCUAUUGAAAGCAAGAGUUCCCUUAAAGCAUGAAACACAAGGUGUUUUAAGAUGGAUCAUCUUUAACCAUGUGCAGUAGCAGAGGAUUUCACUACACGGUUCUGCUGUAUAAAUAUUUGUAAAUGUAUGCCUAAAAUACAGCUGUGGACAAAUGUUUAAAGCCAAAUGUAAAUUCUGGUUAGGUGUGUCUUUACCUUUUGGAAUAUGCAAAAAACUAUUACUGGUUUUUUAAACUAAACGUCAGUCUUAAACCACUCUUGGUUUUGAUACCUGUUUGGCAGGGACUGUGGAACCAAUUUUACACUCCUUUUUGACUGGUUCUCCUUGAUACAUGUUACAUGUGUUUAUCACAAAGAGGAUGUAGCCCUUUCUCACUAGACAUAUUUUGUGUGCAUCAUGUUUAGCUCCUGAAAUGACUUGACUUGUUUCAAGGUGCUCAGCACAGUUCGUGAAACAUGACCUGCCCAGCUAGCUGACCCUCUGACACUGAAUAUCGUUGGUUGUCUCUGUCUGCAGCCAGUGUCAUGUCCUGCAGCAUAUAACAUCGUGCUUUGUACACUGACAAAGCACCUGAUAAUGCCAUGUAGGCAUUAGGGUUUGGGCACUUGAGUUCAAGCAUCCUAUCUUUGUUUAAGGAUAGCAUGUUACAAAGCUAACUUAUUGUAAAUAACUUUCUUAACAACUAGGUAAAAAUAUUGUGUGCUGGGAAGAAGUAUUGGAAAAUUGUAGCCUUGAUCAAGUGCCACAUCUAAAUACACUUUUUAUUCCUGUGGCUUAA